ACACAAUCAUGAGGACUCGCCAUCUGCCCUUUCCCUGCUGUGAGUACUAGUCGCGAGUACUGCUGAGUCGUGAGUACUUAGCUGUGUGCUACACUCCCCUAACAUGAGUGACUGUGAGAGAGAGCACUGCGUCCUGGCACUACUGCUGCUACUGCUAGUGUUCGACUCUUGUCAUGCAGAAAGAUCUGUUGGAGGCGAUGGUGUUGGCCCUCCAAUGAUACAACAGAAAUACAUGGUGAUGUGGACGGAGGUGGCUACAGGACCUUUCAGUGUGUGGGUGGAUAAUAACGACGACUUGAAGUCCAUUGCAUGUAGUAGCAACGACAACUGCACGGCCGCUCUCUACGGUCUUGACGUCGCUCUCUCCUACGACACAUCUUUGCCCUCCGAACCUUAUUGUAGAUUUGCACACAGUGAGCACCAGGAUCAUCAAGAUGGCUUGGGAUACUGCACCUGCGGACCGGAAAAAUGCGUCUCUUACAGUAGGGAAUACAACAACAACGGCGAACCCUUUUAUUAUUGUGGACCUUGUGGAUGGGUUGGGUCGGAGUGCUACAACACGACCUGCACUCACCCACUGGCAGAGUGCAUAAACGACUACUGCGAGUGUCUUAACUACGGCCUUUUCUACGACCUCAGUUACUGUUACAUACCUUUCUACGGCAAGGAGCUAGUGGCUGUAAUGCUGAUUACAACUAUUAUCGUCGUGAUACUCUGCACGUUUCUUGCCUACGGCUACCACAGGCUGAGGAAUCGUUCGCGACGAGGCUUCCCUGAAAGCUGGUUCAGAGGAAACGUAACACGGCAGUCAGUGCUGGUGGUGGAAGAGGAGAUGGAGAAGGGGGAGGAGGAGGAAGAGAAGAAAGAAAUAGAUGGUAUCGCGGAUCCACUGGUCGACGACAAUUUUUCCGCCCUCUCUUUUCCCAUCCCCCAUCUCCCAGCCUUGCGUUACGAGGAUGUGCCCUGUUCCGUGGAUGAGAAGACUUGUAACAUCGAAGAACUCUCCUGUCGGUCUGAUGAAGAUUGCGAGGACGCUUUUCCAAACCUUCAACUGGCCAUAGACCUGGGCAAGGACAGCACUGUGCCCUCCCUGCCCUUCUGCACCAAUCACUUUACUCGUAGUCAUUCGACUUGCCUUCCAGGUUACGUUGGUUCAGAGUGCAGGAACAAGUCUUGUACUCACACGAUGGCUGAGUGCGUCGACUCCUUCUGUGAGUGCAGUGGAGGCGGUAUAUUCUACGAGUUCAGCUUUUGUGACAUUCCUUUCAUGGGCUACGAGACAGCUCUUCAGAUAGUCAUCAUCAUCUGCAUAGCCAUCGCCUGCUGCAUGAUAAUUGCCUCUUUGUAUAGCAUCUUCUUCGGGAGACGCUUGCCAGGAAGGGUUCCCAGGUUGCUUCUUAGACGCCGGAGGCACGAAGGAACUCGGGAGUCCCCUGAGAGGGACGCGCCGCCGAGCUACGACGAGGUCGCUAAUAAACUUCCUACGUACCAAGAUGCACUCAGGAUGGCAACCCUCGUAAGCUUUUUCCUGUGUAAAUUUGUGUCGUGUAAAUUCAUGUUUGGUGGAAGCUUUAGCAGGAGGGUGGAGAGAGAGAAAGAGAGAGAGAGAGAGAGAGACUUCUGCUACACUAUAAAUGCAUCAAACUCUGUAGAAAGAAAGAAAAUUAAAUCUGUGGCAUAACUAAGGGAGGACUUAGAAAAGCAUUCAGUUCCCCUGAGCAGAUUCAGUGUCUCUUGUUCUCCACUCCCCGAUGCUUUUCCUUCAGCUGUUGUAGCUU